UGAAGGCAAAGCCUGUAGAAUGAAUAUGUGCUAAGUGCAUUGGCAGCGAAUCCGUGACUGUUUCCAGCUAAACUAACCCGGAAGCAGGAUGGAGGACGACGCACCUGUCAUCUAUGGGCUGGAAUUUCAGGCUCGAGCCCUGGCUGCUCAGACAGCAGAGACCGAUGCCAUAAGAUUCCUGGUAGGAACACAGUCUCUGAGAUAUGAUAAUCAGAUUCAUGUUAUAGACUUCGACGAUGAGAAUAAUAUUAUCAAUAAGAAUAUCCUACUUCACCAUGCGGGAGAGAUCUGGCAGAUUAGUGCUAGCCCAGCAGACAGAAAUGUGCUUGCAACAUGCUACAAUAAAAUUUCCGAUAGCAAAGUCCUGACAUGUGCCGCGGUGUGGAGGAUACCCAAGGAACUGCAGGGAGGCAAUCAUGAAUCUCCUGAUGAUACAUCAAGCAACGCCCAGGCCCUGGAGCUCCUUUGUCACCUUGACAACACUGCCCAUGGCAAUAUGGCCUGCGUUACUUGGGAACCACUGGGCGACGGGAAAAAAUUGCUUUCCCUGGCUGAUAAUUAUCUGAUGAUCUGGGAUUUACAAGAAAGUUCCACGAAGUCUGUGCUCUCAAGUUCUGUGACGCUGGAAGGCAAAGGGCAACUGAGAUUUACCUCGGGCAAAUGGAGUCCCCAUCACAACUGCACUCAAGUUGCAACCGCUAAUGACACAGCUAUUCGAGGCUGGGACAUAAGGAGCAUGAGACAGAUAUACUGCAUUGAAAAUGCCCACGGACAGUUGGUUCGAGACCUCGAUUUCAAUCCCAAUAAGCAGUACUAUCUGGCCAGUUGUGGAGAUGAUUGCAAAGUGAAGUUUUGGGAUACCAGAAAUAUUCAUGAGCCAGUGAAAACCCUAGAAGAGCAUUCUCAUUGGGUUUGGAGUGUCCGAUACAACCAUUCCCAUGACCAACUUGUUCUAACAGGAAGCAGCGAUAGCAGGGUUAUCCUAUCAAACAUGGUAUCCAUUUCAUCUGAACCAUUUGGCCAUCUUGUUGAUGAUGAAGAUCUUAGUGAUCAGGAGGACAACCUGCAGGAAGAAAAGACAAAAGAACCACUCCAGGACAGUGUAAUAGCCACCUAUGAAGAACAUGAAGACAGCGUGUAUGCGGUUGAAUGGUCAUCAGCAGACCCCUGGCUCUUUGCAUCCCUAAGUUAUGAUGGAAGGCUUGUUAUUAACAGAGUGCCAAGAGCACUGAAAUAUAACAUAUUGUUGUAAUUUGUCUGUUUGAUGGAGACGACAUGAUUGCCAGUUUCAAACAGAUUAUUUCCUGUUAUUUGAAGGCUUGAGAGCACAUAUUCUGGAUAUGUUAUUAGAUUUGUUUACUGUAAGGAUUACUUGAUGUGACCAAAUACAAUGGCUGAUUUUA